AAGCGCUUUCCCAUUCCCGAGAGCCUCUUAAAUGACGCUACUGUACAACCUUACGUACACAACUGUCUUGUCACCCUUCAUGAAGGGAGACACAUCUAUCAAUUCUGUAUUUUUUUCAAGCGGCAUUGUCAUCUGAGAAUCAACACCCUUCUCAGCAGCGAUGACAAUGUAUUUCAAGGUGAUGCAGCUAUUACUAGGGUUGGCACAAGCGCCGGCUCUGUUGUAAACAUGCGAGGAAAGGACAAUGCGCUAGCCAACUUUAUCAUGCACAAGUGA